GUCAGCGGGGCGCGCCGGAAGUGACGCGCGUCUCGGCGGGCCGCGGGGCCAUGGGGGACGAGAUGGACGUGCUGGUCCCCGAGCGGGAGAUGAAGGAUUUUCAGUUCAGAGCACUGAAGAAGGUCAGAAUCUUCGACUCCCCCGAUGAAUUGCCGAAAGAGCGCUCCAAUCUCCUGGCUGUAUCCAAUAAGUAUGGCUUGGUAUUUGCCGGUGGAGCCAGUGGGAUACGGAUUUUCUGUACCAAAAAUCUUCUCAUUCAGAAUCAACCAGGGAAAGAUCCAAAUAAAAUUGUCGACGACGUUGAAGGCACGCUGAUUCCCAUGAAGUUUCCGGUCCACCACUUGGCGCUGAGCUGUGAUAACCUCACCCUGUCCGUCUGUAUGAUGUCCAGUGAAUUUGGUUCUCUCAUUGCCUUCUUUGACGUCCGCACGUUCUGGAAUGAGGCCAAGCAGCAGAAGCGUCCGUUUGCCCACCACAAGCUAGUGAAGGACGCGGGCGGUAUGGUGAUCGACAUGAAAUGGAACCCUACGGUCCCCUCCAUGGCGGCGGUGUGUCUGGCCGACGGCAGUAUCUCCGUCCUCGAAGUCACGGACGCGGUGAAGGUGUGGGCGUCCUGCCCGUCGUCUGGGGCGGUUACGUCAGUGUGCUGGAGCCCAAAAGGAAAACAGCUGGCCGUAGGGAAGCAGAAUGGGACCGUCGUCCAGUAUCUACCUUCUUUGCAAGAGAAGAAAGUAAUUCCCUGUCCUCCGUUUUAUGAGGCAGACAAUCCGGUUAGAGUUCUGGAUGUGCUGUGGAUCGGUACGUACGUGUUCACGAUCGUGUACGCGGCUGGAGACGGGACCCUGGAAACUCCACCCGAAGUGGUGCUGGCUGUCUUGCCUAAAAAAGAGGAGAAACGUCCAGAGAUGUUUGUGAACUUCAUGGAACCCUGCUAUGGCAGCUGCACAGAGAGACAACAUCAUUACUUUCUCAAUUAUAUUGAAGAAUGGGAUCUGGUGCUGGCAGCGUCGGCGGCUUCAACGGAAGUCAGCAUCCUCGCCCGGCAGAGCGAUCAGACAACCUGGGAGUCUUGGCUUCUGGAAGACUCCAGCCGAGCGGAACUGCCUGUGACGGAUAAGAGCGAUGACUCCUUACCCGUGGGCGUCGCCAUAGAUUACACCAGCCAGGUGGAAAUCCCCAUCGGUGAUGAAAAGACCCUUCCUCCCGCUCCGGUUCUCAUGUUGCUUUCAACGGAUGGUGUAUUAUGCCCAUUUUAUAUGAUUAAUCAAAACCCUGGGGUCCGUUGCCUCAUGAGAAUCCCAGAGCCACUGCCAGUAGAAGGAGAGCGACAGCCCAGAUCACCAGGAAGUACAACCACAACCGCGACCUCCUCUCAGUCUUCUCUGAAGCCUGAAACUUCACCGGCUCUAGCCUCCGCUCCCGUCCCACCCUUAUCUCUCGUUUCUUCCACGCCCUCCUCCUCCUCCUCUCUUCCUCCGGCCACCGGCUCCGCCGCCACCUUCACCUUUGCCUCUUCGACCUUGAAGUCGGGCAGCUCGUUGCCUGGCGAUCCCCCUCCGUACCCCUUUGCGUCAGACAGCACCAAGCCGGCCCCGGGGUCUGCUUUAACCGGAGCAGCCGGAUUUUCUUUCGCCCCUCCGACAUCCAAAGCUCCGGUCCCCUCAGCGGCUCCCAUGGCAACGACUGCCUCCUCCUCCUUCUCUUUUGGAGCUACCAGUUUUAAACCCACUCUGGAAAGCACCCCGGUGGCUAACGCGUCUAUCCCACACGUGGGACCGAAGCAGCCUUUCCCACCUGCCGCUUCUGCCGUCAGCGUAAACCUUAGUGAAAAGUUUGCUGCUGUGGAGGCAUCUACCCCUGUUUCCAACGCCCAGAGCAGCCCCUCAGUGUUGGCGCUUUCCACCGCCUCCAAGUCGGCCCCGGGGGGGCCGGUCAGCCAUUGCGCCCCUCUGUCAGCUUCAACCAGCCCGACUUCUGUAAAGUCCUCCACGUCAACAUCAGCUGCAGGGGUGCGCUCUGCUCAGAGUGGUCCCGUCGCCUCCAUGGUACAGAAAUCUGCCAGAAUUACCCCCUCAUCUACGAAGCCAACUUCCACUCAGGGUAGAUCUCCCCAACCUGCCACUGCAGGGGAGAAGCAAGUACAUCAGUGGAAGGAGUCAGAUCCGAUCAUGGCCGGGAUCAGAGAGGAGAUAGCUCACUUCCAAAAGGAGAUGGAAGAGCUGAAAAGCCGAACCUCCAAAGCCUGCUUCCAGGUGGGAACUCCUGAGGAGAUGAAGCUGCUGCGGAAGGAAUCGGACGACCUGCACACUUUCCUCUUGGAAAUCAAAGAGACCACGGAGUCCCUUCAUGGAGAUAUCAGCACCCUGAAGACAACGUUGCUGGAGGGAUUCGUGGGGGUUGAAGAGGCAAGAGAACAGAAUGAAAGGAACCGUGACUCCGGCUAUCUGCAUUUACUCUAUAAGAGACCUCUGGAUCCCAAGAGUGAGGCCCAGCUUCAGGAAAUUCGGCGCUUGCAUCAGUACGUGAAGUUUGCCGUCCAAGAUGUGAAUGACGUUCUGGAUUUGGAGUGGGACCGACAUCUAGAACAGAAAAAGAAACAAAAGCGCCUGCUGGUUCCAGAACGAGAAACGCUGUUCAAUACCCUGGCCAACAACCGGGAGAUCAUCAACCAGCAGAGGAAGAGGCUGAAUCACCUAGUGGACAGUCUGCAGCAGCUCCGCCUUUACAACCAAACUUCUCAGUGGAGCAUCCUCGGUGACACCUCCCCUCCCCACGGCAACACUCAGAGCUUUGACAGUGACCUCGAGAGCCUACGCAAUGUUUUGAUGAAAACCACCUUGGAAUCUCACACCAAGUCCCUUCCCAAAGGCCCAGCGAAACUAUCGCCCGUGAAACAGGCCCAGCUGAGAAAUUUCCUGGCCAAGAGAAAGACACCGCCAAUACGAUCCACUGCUCCAGCCAGUCUCUCCCGAUCAGCCUUCCUUUCUCAGAGGUAUUUUGAAGAUUUGGAUGAAGUAAGCUCAACAUCCUCCAUUUCCCAGUCUCUGGAAAACGAGGAUUCUCAGUCCUUGGACCAAGAUGAGGAAGUUCCUCCGGCGCCAGUCUCCCGCCAUGCUCCCGUGGUUCGCACUUCCUCCAUCCAACCCAGUCUGUUGACCCAGGCUUCCCCCUUUGCCAAACCCCACCCGCCACUGAACGCUUCUCUUAGUCUGAUGGGAGCUUUAACGCCCGCGCCUGCCAGCAAAAUCGUUCCACAAGGGGCCGACAGCACCAUGCUGGCGACCAAAACGGUCAAACACGGGGCACCUGGUCCCUCGGUCACCAUCUCUGCCCCACAAGCAGCUGCCGCUGCGGCCCUGAGGCGGCAGAUGGCCAACCAACCUCCAGCCGUGAGCACCUCCUUGACCGAAUCAACUCUGAAGAAUGUGCCUCAAGUGGUAAACGUGCAAGAAUUGAAGAGCGGCACCCAAACCCCGACGGCGGUGAUAGGAUCAUCAGUACCACACUCUGCAGCCAAAGUGAUCCACCAGGUGUUGGCCACAGUGGGUACAAACCAAGCUAAGCAGGGACCGUUAAUUAACUACCUGAAGCCUCAACCCCCACCUGGACCGGCAGGAGCAUCAGGUAACACGAAGAUAGAUACAUCCGUGACCACUACCCCUUCUGCUGCUGGAUCGUUCAACAAGCCUUUCUCUUUCACUUCAGGAACCAGCUUUAAUUUUGGGGCCAUGACGUCAGCCACGGUUCCACCGCCCACCUUCACCGCCUCCCAAGUGACAGCACCCCCCGCGAAAGAGUCAAGCCAGCAUGACGCUUUCUCGUUUGGGGGAAGCGCAAAGCCUUUGUUCGAGAAUGUUCCUGAGGGUCCCUUAACCUCUGGGGCCGUGCAGGCAGCCAGCGCCGCAGGAACUGCCUUCAGCUCUUCCGGCGGGGAGACACCUAAUAACAAACCGGCGGCAGGUGCCACCGUCGCCCCUUCGCCGGCGACCAGCAAGCCAGAAGCUCCACCGUCCAAGCUGGGCGAGCAUCUCUUUCAGAGUUCUGUGGCCGGGGAGACGCUGGGGAGCUUCUCGGGACUGAGGGUCGGGCAAGCGGACGAUAGCCCAAAGGCGACCGGUAAGGCCCCGGCCGUGAACCUGGCCGGCGCCCAGCCGGCCAAGACGUCGAGCGUACCCUCCGGAUUCAGCUUCGGUAGCGCGCCGCAGUUAGGGAAGCACGCGGAGACCCCCGUGACCUCCGUCGCGACCCCCGGCCCGGCGUCCUUGUCCGUCAGCCCGAGUGCCAGCGGUUCCACCGGGGGUUUGUUUGGCAACGUCCAGUUCGCCGGCGUGGGGUCCUCUGGGGGGCUUAAUCUCGGAGGGGCUUCCCCGAGUGGCAACAAGCCCACGUUUUCGUUUGGCAUCCAACAGACCGGCGGCGCCGCCCCCCAACCCACGCCGUCUCCCGCCCCCCUCCCGACGUCGACCUCCACGCUGUCGUUCGGAAACCUCUUGAGCUUAGCGUCCACUCCGGCCCUCGCCUCGGCCUCGGGCAAAAGCGAGACCGAGAGCAAGUUGCCGUCCUCGCCCGAGAAACCGAGCGACGGUGAAGCGCCGGGCCCGGAGCCGCCCCUUCCAGGGCAGCAGCAGUCGGCUCAGCCCGCACAACCCGACGCGGGCAGAGAGGAGCCGACCCCGUCCCAGCCUGCGCUCGGGGACUCGGGCACCCCGACGUCUAGCUCGGCCUCGGCGGUGCCCGCGACCGAGGCCGGCCCGGGAGCCCCGGCGCUCGCCGACGCGAAGACGGAGGCCGCUCCUCCCCCCGUGUCCACCUCUCCGGCCCCCGAGCGGAGCGCAACAACGGCCGGCGCGGCCGCGUCGCCCCCCGCCCCGACUGCGGAAGCUCCGGAGGCCUCCUCGUCCUCCGGCGCCGUUUCCCCUUCCGCCCAGAGCCCCGCCGUGGAGACCUCUGCGUCUGCGGCGACUUCGUCGGGGCCGACCGUGUUCUCGCAGGCCUCCGGGGCCAACCCUCCCGGCUCCGCCUUCGGCCAGCCGGCCGGCGACACAACCGCGGCCCCUCCUGCCGUCCCCGCGUUUGACCAGCCGGCCGCGACCGCCGCCUCCUCUGUGUUUGGCCAGGUCGUGGUCAGCACCACCGCCACGACCACCGCCUCCACCCAAGCUACCGGCUCGGGGUUCGGGAGCCCGGCUUUCGGCACCGCGGCCGCCGGGGGUUUCGGUCAGUCGGCCUUCGGACAGACCCCGGCGUUCGGUCAGCCAGCGAGCGGCUCCGCGAGUGGUUUCUCCUUCACCCAGAAUGCUUUCGGCUCGGCACCCGCCUUCGGCCAACCCGCCGCCUCCGCCCCCGCGUCGAGCAGCGGGAACGUCUUCGGUGCCUCCUCAAGUACCAGCAGCGCCAGUUCCUUCUCUUUUGGACAGACAUCUGCCAACAGCGGAGGCGGUCUCUUCGGGCAAAGCAAUCCUCCUACUUUUGGGCAGGGCGCCGGCUUCGGACAGGGGGGCUCCGUGUUCGGCGGCUCAGCCGCCGCCACCACCGCUGCCUCGUCCUCUGGGUUCAGCUUCUGUCAGGCUUCAGGUUUUGGAUCCAGCAACACGGGCUCUGUGUUUGGUCAAGCGGCCAGCACCGGAGGUACAGUCUUUGGCCAGUCCUCCUCUUCCACCGGCGGCUUAUUUGGGUCUGGAAACACGGGAAGAGGGGGAGGUUUCUUCAGCGGUCUCGGAGGGAAACCCAGCCAGGAUGCGGCCAACAAAAACCCAUUCAGUUCAGCCAGCGGCGCAUUUGGAUCUACAACCACCUCAAAUUCUUCUAAUCUGUUUGGAAACAGCGGGGCCAAGACCUUUGGAUUUGGGAGCUCAUCGUUCGGGGAGCAGAAACCCACCGGCACUUUCAGCUCCGGAGGCGGGAGCGUGGCAGCCCAGGGCUUUGGCUUCUCGAGUCCCUCCAAGACAGCACUGUGGUGCCUUUCUCACUUUUCCAUCGCCUUCCAAGGAGCGAGUAGUCCAAACAGCAACAGGGACACGGCUCUAGGUAAAGCCCCAUGUGUUUAGGAAGCAAGUGUAACCGGAUCUGUGAUCAGUUGUAAAUAAUUCAUCUUGGAGAGUUGUGUUUUUUUUUUUUUUCCAGUGUGGUUUUUUCUUCUACACUGUCAUAUUUGCAACCAAACGAGAUCCACAACUUGUGCCUAGACUGGAAUUUUACCGGUUAUAAAAAAAGGCACCCGCUAAACGCGAACAGCAGCUGAAAAAAGUGUCUCCCGUGUCCGCAGUGAAUCAUAAGCGAAUAACCGUUCCGUAAAACAGGCGUUCGGAAAAAAAAUCCGCCUGACGGCCCCAUUCCGCGGACAGACGUUCUUUCCUGAUUCAGUAGUGGUCGUCGUUAUCGGUAGUAUUUAUUGAGCGCCUCCGGAGCGCAAAUCCCUGGGGAGAACACUUGGGCAAGACGCAUGAUCGUUGCCCUCCGGGAGCCUACGAUCUGAUGGACAAAAAUUCUUUACCGACGGUGGGACAGAGGACGUGUUUUGGAAUAAAAGAUAAUAAACCAGAGAGGCUGAAGAUGCGUGCCAGCCAAUGAAAGCCGAGAGCCUCCACUAGAUAAUGGCAUUUGCCUUCGGGUUACGAAGCCCCCCUCCUAUCGGUCAACUCCCCAGCCUCAGUUCCUUGCUAGAAGCCGUUCAUCCGCUUUCAUGGGGGCUGUACCCUCUGAACCGGUCCCCCGCUUCUUUCCUCCAGCAAGCGUCUAACCAGCCACCAACAGAGGAACAGGGACGGCCCCCCCGACUCCUUGACUAAGUAGCACCUUGUUACCUAUCCACCCCAUCACCUUCGCUGUGUGGGUACCCUUAGGUGGAAGCGAUAGAACCCGGGGGUGGAGAUGGGCAGCGGGCACCCGUCCGUUUUCACGCUCACUAAGGUGCCCUUUAGCUUCCGGCUGAGUAGGUUUUGAGAACUGCGAGGCAGUUCCUGACAGCGGAAGCAAAGCGUCUGUUCUUCCUGAAGCUAGAGACACUCUCCGAUGAGCACUGAGAGCCAUUAUGCUUUAAAUAAAUGAAAGCCGCCCUCCAGCGCUGUGCGUGCCUCUUAGUUUCCACUGCAACCCAGUUCGUGCAGUCUCCCCGCCUGGCAAUUUCAAGGCUUUAGAAUUUGGUUUUAUCAUUUGGAGUUUCGGCGGGGGCGACAGGUCGUCCAUCCAUUAGUCCACGUUGCAGCAGAAUGCGGGCCGUUGCCUGGGUCCCCAGAGCCGGCAGCGA